UAAGGAACAUUGUGAUCCAUAAUAGAAAUUGGAUGAACAAACAAAAUAGAAAACAAUCAAAUCUCCUUAAUACACACAUGGAUGAUCAAAUUAAUUAAUGGAGAAAUUGUGGAGCUUUUCCUCAAGAUCCAAUAGUAAUAUUGUUGGAACCGAUAAGCUAGAAUGGGAAGAAGAAGAAGAAGAAGAGAACAAUCUACUUGAGCAGUUAGAUGAUAAAAUCCAUCUUUCACAAGUUUUAGAAGAUGUGGAUUAUUUUCUCAAUAGCGUAACAACUCCUAAUUCUAGUUCUACAGAUGAAGUUCCCAAUUGUGUUGUCUUAUUGCAUAAAUUAUUGGAGUCUAUGAUAGAUAAGUAUAAUAAACCAUCAAGAGGAACAAGAAUUAAAUUUGGGCGAGAUCCAGAGAUUUAUAAGUCUUUUUUAGAUGCGGUGGAACGCAUCUUCAAGCUCUCUAUCACCUCGAGUUUGGGUGACCUCUAUUUAGAUAGAACAAGCUCUAUCCUAGAAAAAGCCAUGUUUAUUUUAGAGAAUGACAUUUGUGCUCUGCUACAACGCCCCAAAUCCAAAAUAUACCGAUCAACACCAACACCAACAACUAAGAAAUCUGCUUCCUUUGGUUCCCUUCAACUACAUUUUCAACUUCAAGAUGAGAGGGAUUCCCUAAGGCUUAACAAUCAAGAUGAUGAUGAUGACGACGACGAUGGUGACUUAUUGCCAAAUUUCUCUUUACAAGAACUUUCCAUUAUGAAUAAUAUUACCACUUCCAUGAUUGCUGCAGGAUAUCAUUUAGAGUGUUGCAUGGCCAUUACCGCUUUCAGGAGAAAUUCUUUCAAAAAUGUGUUGCGAAAAUUAGGAUACACAUUUCUAAGGAUGGAUGAGGUUUAUAAAAUGCAAUGGGACUUAUUGGAAGGAGAAAUUGUGACAUGGAACAAAGUGUUUCGGCAUUGCACCAAUGUACUCUUCAAAGCCGAACGAAAGUUAUACGAUUCAAUAUUCUCAAACCAACCCUCUUUAUCUCGGACCAUGUUUGGUGAUCUUGUUCGACUUGUCAUCAUCCAUUUUUUGAAUUUUGCUCAAGCAGUGGUUUUAACCAAGCCAUCACCAGAGAAAUUAUUCAAAUUCCUAGACAUGUAUGAGACCUUGAGAGAUGAAUUAGAUCCUAUCAUUGUACUCAUGAAUGAUGAUGGUUUAGAGCGAUGUGCUAAGGAUUUGACACACGAGGCAUCUGAAACAAAACAUGGGAUCAUAAAGGUUGUUGUGGAAAUGUUCUAUGAUUUGGAAAACUCCAUUAAGGGUGAUAAUCAUAGGAUUCCCGUCCCAUAUGGUGCCAUUCAUCCAUUGACUCGUUAUGUCAUGAAUUAUCUUAAAUAUGCAUGUGAAUACAAAGUGACGUUGGAGCAGGUAUUUUUCCAAUAUUCUACGGAUCAAUUUAUUUCUACUACUGAUCAUUAUCAUUAUGUUGAUGAUCAUAAUAAGGGUACAUCCACGACCUCAAAAAAUAUUCCAGAAUUGGACAAGACACUGGAGAAAUCACCUUUUGUGGUUCAACUAAUGAGAAUAAUGGACCUUUUAGAUGAAAAUACUGAAAACAAGUCCAAAUUAUAUAAGGAUAUGGCUUUGCGUUGUGUAUUUCUAAUGAACAAUGGGAGAUACAUAGUGCAAAAGAUCAAAGGGUGUGCUGAUCUUCACGAGUCCAUGGUAGAUGAUUGGUGUAGGAGAAAGCAAACAAGUUUGAAGAUGCACCAUAAGAGUUAUCAAAGAGAGACUUGGAGUAACGUGUUGCAAUGCCUCAAGUUGGAUGGGCUUCACCAACAAGGAAACAAGGUGUCUAAGCAGGUUUUGAGAGAUAAGUUUAAGUGCUUUAAUUCUUUGUUUGAAGAGAUACACAAGACACAAAGCAGUUGGAUGGUGAGUGAUGAACAACUUCAAUCCGAAUUGAGGGUUUCAAUAUCUGCUUUGGUUAUACCCGCAUAUCGCUCCUUUAUGGGAAGAUUUAAACAUUAUUUAGAAUCUGGUAGACAUGUUGAUAAGUACAUUAAAUAUCAUCCUGACGACAUAGAAAUUUUGAUUGAUGAUUUUUUUGUAGGAAAUGCCACAUCCAUGCCUCGAAGGAAGAUAUGAAUCACAUAAUUUUUUAUGAGAAUAUGUCAUCACACUUUAUAUAAGCCAAAUAUUUAACAUUCGUCACAUUGCAGUUUUUUCCUAUUCUCUCAUUUUCCGUCUUCGCUACACAUCCAUUUUUUUCA